AUGCCUCAAAACGAAUAUAUUGAACAACAUAUAAAACAACAUGGUCGAAGACUUGAUCAUGAAGAAAGAAAACGUAAGAAAGAAGCAAGAGAGUCACAUAGAAUUUCCAAAGAUGCUCAAAGAUUAACUGGCUGGAGAGGUAAACAGUUUGCUAAGAAACGUUAUGCCGAAAAGGUAUCAAUGAAAAAGAAAAUCAGAGCUCACGAACAAAGCAAAAUUAAAGGGCCUACUAAUGAUAACAACGAUAAUAAAGAAGCCUUACCAACGUAUCUUUUGGAUCGUCAAGAGCAGAAUACUGCAAAGGCUAUAUCCUCAAGUAUAAAACAAAAAAGAUUGGAAAAACUUGAUAAAUUCUCUGUUCCAUUACCAAGAGUCAGAGGUAUUUCUGAAGAAGAAAUGUUCAAAGUGAUCAAAACAGGUAAGAAGACAAAGAAGAAGAGUUGGAAGAGAAUGAUAACCAAACACACAUUUGUCGGUGAUAAUUUCACCAGAAAACCAGUUAAGUUGGAAAGAAUUAUCAGACCAAGUGCACUCAGACAAAAGAAGGCUAAUGUGACGCAUCCAGAGUUGGGUGUUACAGUGUUCUUACCCAUUUUGAGUGUGAAAAAGAAUCCUCAGAGUGCAAUGUAUACUCAAUUGGGUGUAUUGACUAAAGGUACCAUCAUCGAAGUCAAUGUCAGUGAAUUAGGAAUGGUUACUGCUGGUGGUAAAGUUGUUUGGGGUAAGUAUGCUCAGAUAACCAAUGAACCGGAUCGUGAUGGUUGUGUUAAUGCUGUUUUAUUGGUUUAA